AUGUCAACAACGCAUACAACCCUGGGGAGUGCUGCAGAAGAGAGAAAGGCGCGUUUGGCCAAGCUAAAAUCUCUAAAACGCAAACAGCCAAAUGAUGAAACCUCAUCUGAACAACCACCUCCGAUUUCAGGUCAUGACGUCUCGAAACUUCAUCUCUCUGGCCGCAACUACGAUACAGAAACUAAAGGACCCAAACUAGGCUUCGAUAGUCGCCCAGACUUAGCUUCCGACAAAACCCUAGAGCAGCAAGCUAAAAUUAUUGAGGAAGAAAUUCGGGUAAAAUCCCAAGAAGGUCAGGAAGAUUCUGUGGUCGACCUGUUCAAGCUACAACCCAAAAAACCAAACUGGGAUCUAAAGAGAGAUCUAGAGAAAAAACUGGAUAUACUAAAUGUCCGCACAGACAACGCUAUCGCUCGUCUCGUUCACAAUCGUGUGAAGGGAGCUCAGACAGAAUCCAAGUUACAGCCUAAUUCGAACACCAUAAAGGACAAAGGUGGAUGGGAAGAUAUUGGAAUGGACGGGGCAUCAUUUCUGGAAGGUGUCAAGCAGAGAGAGAGAGAAACUGUGGAAGACGAAAAGCGGGAGAAAGAAGAACAGACAAAGUGGAAGUAG